AUGUUGUCCAGAUCAUUCAAAUUGCUUUCAUAUACUUCAAGGAUCACACCUUGCACUAGAUAUAUCAACAGCGCUGCCAUUGGUAGCCGCCGUUUCACUUCAUCGCCAGACUCCCAUUCAGAGGAGGUCGAGCAAAUCGUACAGAGGAUCGAGAAGUUGAGUUUGAUACAGGUUGUCGAGUUGACCAAAGUCCUUCAAACAAGACUUGGCGUUCCAGAUAUCGAUAUAGGAAGCUUUAGCGGAGGUGGUGGUGGUGGUGCUGCACCAUCCGCCGGCGCCCCAGCAGCCGCUGCUGCCCCACCCAAAUCAGAGUUCCAAGUUCGUUUGGUCAAGGUCCCAGAUGGAGCCAAGUACAAGAUUAUCAAAGAGUUAAGAGAGAUUAAGCCAUCACUGAGUUUGAUGGAGACUAAAGCAUUGGUUGAGAAGCUACCAUCGGUCAUCGCCGACAAGGUGUCGAAGGAGGAGGCAGACAAGAUCGUCGCCAAGAUCAAGGCUGCUGGCGCUGAGUCAGAGGCCGCCUAA